CAGGGGCGCCCUCUGCCGGCCAGGGGCGACCUCUGCCGGCGGCCUCCCCCUCCUCCUCCUGCUGCUGUUGUUGUUGCAAUGGCGGCUCACGCGAAGUUCCUCUCCCGCACGGUGAUGGUGCAGGGCGGCAACGUGGACGCGGCCUACAAGCUGCUCAACAGGAUCCUGACGCACGACCGGGUGCUGGAGGACGCUCGGCGGCGCCGCUACUUCGAGAAGCCGUGCCGCCAACGCCAGCGCAAGAGCUUCGAGGCUUGCAAGCGCAUCUACGACACGGACAUGGCGCGCCGCCUCGCCUUCGUGUCCCGCAAGAGCGGCCUCGACCCCUGGGUGGGCUGCUGAGGCUUCGCAAGCCGACCCCUGCCGCUCUUCCCGCCCCCUCCCCCCCCCAUCGCCCGCGGUGACAUCUGGCGCCCGGCGUUGGCAACUUCCCGAAAGCGGGAAAUGUUGCCACGACGAUCCUCCGACAACGUUGCGAGAUGGACCCCUGCGACAGCCCUCGACAGAUGUCACGGGAAAAACUCAAAUGUCUCAUCGCCGUCGUCGGGGGAUGUGGUCGAUCCACGGGCUCGAUGUUUAUUUUUUUAUCCGUGCGUUUAUUUGUUGUCCUUCGCCCGCAGCCUCCGGCUGCGUUAACGGCGCGGCAGAGGUUCAACGUGCGUAGCAGUGAAGGUUGUGUCACGUAAACAGAACGUGCCGAUCCGUUACUAGUACAGCAACGUCGGUGUGUUGGUGAGCAAAUACACAACAUUUACGAUGCGAGUGCGACGUUUAAAGUUCAACAUGCGUAUGCUUGACGGAGGCCUCCCCCCCCCCCACACACAUCCGACCCACCCCAAACCGCCGCCGCCUCUUCCGAGCCUCUGCUGCAACACCACACGCACCCCUAGCGCCUGGCAGGAGCCGAUGCCAUCAUGGGUGGCCCGAGACGGUCUGGGAGUCGAGCGAGCGUUACAAACCCCCCCCCCCCCCGUACACGGUUACAGGAUCCCUGGACGCAUGUCGGGGAUCGCUCGUACAUCUGCACAAUGUCCUCGGGCCCAGAAUGUCGCUGUAGCGAGGCCUUCGUGAAUCUGUGGGCCUCUGUGGGAGUCUAGCAAUGUUGGAAGCACGGUCUGGCAGAAGGAAGCGAUGGCUUGGCCCUUUUUGCCCCAUUCCCCUUUCGCCAGCUGUAGUGGAGUUGUGCCCCACCCCCAGCUGGGUGUAGAGCGAAUGAGAUGGGGGCGGGGGGGAGAUAGGAUUUCACCUUCCUCGCUGCAGACGCCCUUCUGUUGUCAGGGUCAAAGGGUCAAAUCAAUGGCGUUGCUUCCUUCUCGAAGAUCCUGCAGCUGUUGUAGAAUUGUCGUAUGUCCUCCCCCCUGCAAGUCUAAUAAAGUGUCGAACAAACUGGGUUUAGGUUUUUUUGGGGAGUUAUAGUUGGCACGUCCUUCAAGGAGUGCUCGUAGAGUCUGGUGAUGACGCUAGUUGUAAUUACUGGCGAAACGUCUGAUUGGCAAAUAUGGCUUGGCUCUCCAACACACAACCAGUGCGCUGUACUCGUAACGAAUUGGCACGUUCUGUUUCCGUGACAAGACUUGCUAAUUGGCUGUGUCGGGUGGUGGCGAGUUUUAACGACAUUUUUGCGAUCUAACCCCCCAAAAAAAACCUGUAUUAUGGACCAGUGUCUGGCUUUAGGUCUUCUCUUCACCUUGGUUGGUACCCUAUGGGUGCCACUCCAGUGCCCGUCUCGGUCACCUGCCCUCGUUGAUCCUGCGUGCGUCUCAUCUGGUCCACCUCCCCGAUUCCACACCCAUCUCUCUCCUUCCGCACGUACGAACAUCUGAGUCCCUUACCCUAUUCCGCCCUGAAAAAUUCGAACCCGUCUCUCCGCUCUGGAGUCGGGUCAAGGAGGGCAGCAUCGAAGGUCAUGUGGGCCCCCCCGUGUCUGUCACGCGUUCGUGUCCAGGCUGUUGCCCAUAAUGUUGUGUUUUAAUAACUUAUAAAUAAAAGCACAUUGACAAACCC